AUGGGGGCAUUGGUCGACAUGAGAUUUGCCUGUUCAAUGGUCUCUUUACCAGUUUGUUCUGUUCUCUUCCAAGGAAGCGUGCAUGCCAAAUUUCCAGCCCGGGCUGUUAGUUUUGGCCGCGUCAAUCUGUACUCGCCCUACACCAUUCUCUUUCUGUCCAUGUGCAUUGUCAUGUGUGUCAUUCUUAUCAACCGAACCAAAAAGAUGUACUCCUAUCCAGCCCGAAAAGAGAUGCUUCUCUUCCUGCGAACCUAUCUGGCCACAAUUUCUUUAGAUCUUGUGCUUUGUUUUGGUAUUCGCGGGUUUUCGCUACUUAGUCGGGCCUUUUACGCGGUUGUGGUUAGUUUGCAGCUGGGAUGCUUGGCAGCUAGUUUUGUGGCGGCUUUUGGCACUGGGUACGUUUGGAUGUUCCCUAAAAAGCUUUCGAGCGAGUGUGCCAACAUGUGCCGCCGUAAUACUCUUUUUGCCCUGUGUUUUCUAACAGGGAUCUUGCUGGUUUGCAAUCUAACCUCUUUAGGAGUAGGCGUGUUUGCCAUUAUCUUUUUGCUGCCGGCGAUAAUGAGCUUUCUCUUCUCCUUUUCCCAACUAGCUAAGCUUGGCGCUCUGAAAGUUGAAAUAUGGAACUAUGGGUCCAUUCUAGUGGUGAAUAUGUUUAUGUUGCUGAUUGGUAGCACUCCUCUUGGAUUAGGUGCUCUUGUGGUUCUUAUCAGUGAUAGGUAUAUUGAUGGAAUCUUCUUUAUGCAUUUGCUGGGGUUUCUGACCGUUUUAAAGGUAUACAACCUUUGGUGCUUAGAUAAAGAGCAGGAAAUAGAAUGUGUUAAUACGGUUAAACAAGGCGGUAAAUAA